AGAGGGAGCGCGCGCGCGCUCAGGGCUCAUGCGCGAGAUUUCUUGUCACCUGGCCGCUUCCUCAGGCGCGUCCUCGGGAGGAAUGGCGUGUCUUAUAGCAGCCUUCUCAGUCAGCAACACUACUGUGACCAACUCUAUCAUCAUGAACAGCAAUGGACCUCCUGAUCUCAUGUUGGACACCAGGACAGUGUGUGUUUCCAUCGAUGAUGUAAUAGCCAAUCACACUGGCAGCCAACAGACCCCUCUGUUACAUACACACCUGAAAAAAGUGGAGAACGGCCUAACAGAGGCACAGCGCUUCUCGUACCUACCCCGCAGACCAGCAGUCAAUAUUGAAUUCAGAAACCUCUCAUACUCAGUUUCUGAGGGACCAUGGUGGAGAAAGAAAGGUUACAAGACCCUGCUGAAAGGCAUCUCUGGCAAUUUUACCAGUGGAGAUCUAGUGGCUGUCAUGGGGCCCUCAGGAGCAGGGAAGUCAACGCUUAUGAACAUCCUGGCAGGAUAUAGGGAAACCGGAAUGAAAGGGGAUAUCUUGAUAAAUGGACGACCCAGAGAUCUGAGGUCCUUUAGAAAAGUGUCUUGUUAUAUAAUGCAAGAUGACAUACUUCUGCCACACCUGACGGUCCAGGAGGCCAUGAUGGUAUCAGCUAAUCUGAAACUCCAGGAAAAGGAGGAGAGCAGGAGAGAGAUGGUGAACGAGAUCUUGACUGCACUUGGCUUGCUGGAAUGUGCUAAAACACGCACAUCUAACCUCUCUGGUGGCCAGAGGAAGCGCUUGGCAAUAGCCUUGGAACUUAUCAACAACCCACCUGUCAUGUUUUUUGAUGAACCCACAAGUGGACUAGAUAGCUCUUCCUGUUUCCAGGUGGUCUCAUUAAUGAAAGCUCUGGCUCAAGGAGGCCGAACAGUUAUCUGCACCAUUCACCAGCCCAGUGCCAAAGUCUUUGAGCUCUUUGAUCAUCUUUAUGUUUUGAGCCAAGGUCAGUGCAUCUACCGGGGGAUAGUCUCAAACCUAAUCCCCUAUCUAAGGGAACAUGGACUCAACUGCCCUACAUAUCACAACCCUGCUGAUUUCAUCAUGGAAGUGGCCUCUGGAGACUAUGGUGACCACAUAGCUCGGUUGGUGAAAACUGUUAAUGAGAGGAAGUGUGAGAAAGAUUACAAAAGUGAGAUGAAUGGUGAUGGGGCUCUGAACUCCUUCUUUUGGCAUAAACCAUCUGACGAGGACUCCUCUUCUACUGAAGGCUGUCACAGCUUCUCUGCCAGUUGUCAGACGCAGUUCUGUGUCCUCUUUAAAAGAACAUUCCUAAGCAUCAUGAGGGAUUCGAUUUUGACACACCUGCGCAUCACCUCUCAUAUUGGAAUUGGGCUCCUGAUAGGGCUUCUGUACCUUGGCAUUGGAAAUGAGGCCAAGAAGGUCCUCAGCAACUCUGGUUUCCUUUUUUUCUCGAUGCUCUUUCUCAUGUUUGCUGCUCUGAUGCCCACCGUACUGACCUUUCCACUUGAGAUGGGUGUCUUUUUGAGAGAACACUUAAAUUACUGGUACAGUCUGAAGGCAUACUACCUAGCAAAAACUAUGGCUGAUGUCCCAUUCCAGAUUGUGUUCCCAGUGGCAUACUGCAGCAUUGUGUACUGGAUGACCUCUCAACCUUCAGACGCUCUUCGGUUCAUCCUCUUCUUGGCUUUGGGUACGCUGACGUCCUUGGUUGCACAGUCUUUGGGGCUCUUAAUUGGGGCAGCAUCUUCAUCAUUGCAGGUGGCCACUUUUGUAGGGCCAGUAACUGCCAUACCUGUGCUGCUAUUUUCAGGCUUUUUUGUCAGUUUUGACACCAUCCCAAAAUACCUCCAGUGGAUAUCUUACAUUUCUUAUGUCAGGUAUGGUUUUGAAGGAGUUAUCUUGUCCAUCUAUGGGUUGGAUCGUGAGGACCUACACUGUGACAAAGAUGAGACAUGCCACUUCCAAAAAUCCAAGGCCAUUUUGAAGGAACUAGAUGUUGAGAAUGCUGAACUGUAUCUUGACUUCAUUGUCCUGGGCAUCUUCUUUGUCUCCCUACGUCUUAUUGCCUACUUUGUUCUCCGUUACAAAAUCAGUGCAGAGAGGUAGACACCAAGAUAGCAACAACUUUGACAAGACUCUUACACCCUAGAAAAUGUGACCAGAGAGAACAUAUGUGGGUGAUUCUUUCUUCAAACUGCAAAAAGGGCUGCUAUUUUUGUGGAGGUCCCUAUAGGACAACGAUACACUGAGCAUUUUAGUCUGCUCACCUUUGGUGCACUAUUUUGCAUUAAUAAAGACAUGGCUAUCCAUAUGGAUUGACGUAUAUGUACAUAUGACAAUCUACAGUUUGUUUGAACAGUUAUCAGGGAGUUGGACUCGUGUCUUGUUUUGUGUUAUGCUGUGUAUAUUGUAUGUAUAGCAUUUUGUCUACCUGAGUAUGAUGGAACCUAUCCUUAAUAAAUAGCAUACAACAAUAACAAUUUGAUAAAGGGUUUCACAAUUUAAAGAGCUGGUCUCUUCUAGGUAUGGCAUGACUAUUAAGGACUGGUCAUCUUGUCCAUAGUUAAAGCAAAGCCUGUUUCAGGACAUUGCUGUUUUAGGUUAUUUUUAUUAUGGUUAAAUGUCAUUAACAGCACCAAAGAACACACCACACUGCACUUCAAUUAAUAGUCACACACAGGCUAAAAAUUACCUUUCCAGCUUCAAUGCUUUUUAGACUACAUGCCUAAUGACAGAAAUCUGUGCAAUAAUAGAUCUGUAUAUUGUUUUACACUAUUUAUGGACAUAUACAGAUUCUUAAAAUGCACUUGUGUGGACAAACUGGCAACUCAGCUGAAUUCGUUGAUUCUUGACUUGAAAUAGCACAGUGAGGAAGCACAUCGACAGAAGCCUCCUUAUAGCUCAAUGACCAGCCUUCCUUGGAUGGAGGAUGCUAUGUCUGCAGUAGUGUCUGAAACGUUUUUCCAGGUUGAUAUUGAUUUGGGAAUUGAACAGCUACAUUAAACUCUGGCUUUAGUUACACGCAAAAACAAGCCUGAAUUGGCCUUGGCCAGCUGACAUGCACUGGCAGGCUCUAAACUAGCUAUGACUAGUUGUAAUGUUGCCCAUGUGGGACUGGGUAAUGAUUUGUAGCCCAUGGCACCCGGUGUGUUGUUUUGCAGAAUUCACAUCUAUAGCCAUGCAAUCUCCCAUUGCCGUUGAAAUUCGAUGACUAGAUCUAAAGCAACAUAUUGAUGACCAUAAAACUCCUACACCUCAUAUCCUUAUUGAGUCUGUAAUAUGCCUGCAUAUUACGUCCACAUGCCAAAGUACUAUAAUAUUUAUAAUGGGGACUGAACUACACCCUUGAAUGGAUCUGCAUCUUACUUGGACAGCUUACCAUGACAGACCACAGCUUUUGGACUUGUUGCUGAUAACAGUCUGGAUGGUCUUUUUCAUCUUUUGUCCAGAGCACACGACAUCCAUUUCUUCCAAAAAAGACCUGGAAUACUGAUUUGUCUGACCAUAAUGCAUGUUUCCACUGUGUGAUGGUCCAUCUCAGAUGCCUCCAAGCCCCGAUAAGUUGAUGGUGCUUCUAGACACCGUUUUGGAAUGUGUUACAGGCCUGAGACUCAGGAAUGGAUUUAUUUAUUUUUUUUAAUGAAGUUGACCAGACAGAACAUGAAAUAUCUUUGGUUCAUACUGUCUGUAAUGAAAUACAGUUCAAAGUAAAUAUAGAAAUCACUGCUUUCUUUUUUUUAAAUUUGCAUUUCCAUACUGUCCCAACUUUUUCUGAUUUGGGGUUGUCUAUCAUAGUGAGAUAGUUGUGACACAAAUGUAUAGGAAUGAAUAUGGAGCAAUUAUGGCCACAUCAUCUACCAAGAACCUUUAUUCCAGUCUUUGGAUUUUUAUAUUUAUUAUACUGUUUGACAGACAGA